AUGUCAGCCCAGGAAGAGUUCGACCAACUGGUGCAAAACAACCGCGAUCACGCCUCAUCCCACCCCGAGGACCGCGAUCACUCCCCGCACCUGUCGGACGACCACGACUCGGCCUCCUCCUCACGCCACCUGCGCCAGCGUCGGGCGAUCGAUUCCUCCGACGAAGACGAGGACAAUACCGACAACAUGGUCUCCUCCCGCGGCAACUACCACGUCCCCAACACCGUCUUCGAAGCCAACACCGGCCCGAAGGGCGUCAUCGCCGACGCCCAGGCCUUCGAGCGCGCCCGCAAGAAGUCCUUCCGCCGGACCCUCCUCAAUGCCGCCGGCUUCGACUCCAACAGUCCCGCCUUCGGCUCUCACAAGGCCACCCGUGACAACACGCCUCCAGCGCCGGAGGGCUCGUCCGGCAGUGAGGACGAUGAGGAGCGGUUCCUGCACAAGUGGCGCGUUUCGCGCAUGCAUGAGCUUCAGAACCGCGGCAUGCGGCGUCCAUCCCCACGUGGGCGACGCUUUGGGUCGGUCGACACCGUCGAUGCCGCGGGGUACCUGGACGCGAUCGAGAAGGUGACCUCGGACACCGUGGUCGUCGUUUGCAUCUACGAUCCUCAGUCCGAUGACAGCGCCAUUAUCGAGGAGUGCCUCGUCACCAUCGCCCGCAGACAGCCCACCACCCGCUUUGUCAAGCUGCACCGCGAGAUUGCCGAGAUGGACCACAUCAAGGCUCCUGCGCUGCUGGCCUAUCGUGGCGGUGAUGUCUUCACUACGAUAACUGAUAUCAUUCGCAACAUCCCCAAGGGCCGCAGCUGCAGUGCUGAUAGCCUGGAGGACUUGUUGAAGCUGAACCGUGUGCUUUGA